UGAAGGAAGAAUGGAGUUUCCAGACCAUAGCCGCCAGUUGCUGCAGUGUCUGAGUCAGCAGCGUCACCAGGGCUUCCUGUGUGACUGUACUGUUUUAGUUGGAGAAGCUCAAUUCAGAGCUCACAGAGCCGUUCUUGCCUCUUGCAGUAUGUACUUCCAUCUUUUCUACAGGGACCAGUUAGACAAAAGGGAUAUUGUGCAUCUGAACAGUGACAUUGUCACAGCCCCUGCCUUCAGCCUGCUGCUCGAGUUCAUGUACGAGGGAAAGCUGGAAUUCCACAGCCUCCCGGUGGAAGAUGUGCUGGCUGCGGCGAGCUACCUCCACAUGUAUGACAUUGUCAAAGUCUGCAAGGGCAAGUUGAAAGAUAAAGAGUUGUGUUCGGAGGAGAAGCUGAACGAUGAGGCGGCGGCUUUGGAGAGAGCGGAGCGUUUUCUGGACGCCGGAGUGGUGCCCCUGGUGCACGAGUUUGACCCAGGAAACAAACAAAAAUUCGGCGUUGCAGAAUCCGAGAGAGCGGCGGGCAAAGAAAAGGUCAGCAGUCACCCCGCCUGGUCCUCUGAUCAUAUAAGUGUCAGCUCUGUGCCGACGGAGGCAGAACCGUGCGCCGCAGCAGCUGGAAAAACAAAGGCUAAUGUCAAUAGUUCCGCAGGACCUUUGUCCCAAAGGUCUGUUAACCAUCCCCUGGCUCCGAGCGAUGUGGACUGCGCGCUGGAUUUGUCUUUCAAGCCCGUGGCGGGGAGAGAUUCCUUGCACCCCUCCUAUGUCUUUGGACAGCUGGCUUCCGACAGCCAGCAGCAGGGUACCGAGCCACUUGUUAAGGAUGAACAAGACUUGCUGUCAGAUCAGGAGGACGGCGAGGCCAGGAGUCCAGAGAGUCAGCAUUUUGGGAAUUCAGCCAAAAGCCUGGUGACAGGGUUAGGACACAUGUUCGCGGGGAAUGGCAGCUCUCAGGGCCGGGAGGAGGACGUGGAUCCGGAGCGCGACGAGAGCGAGGACGACAUGGACUCUCCGGACAUCUCCUCGGGUGUCCUCGUGCCUCCUGGGCAUAUCUGCAUUUGCCCCCUCUGCAGCAAAGUGUUCCCCAGCCCUCACAUCCUCCAGCUGCACCUGAGCUCUCACUUCCGCGACAAGGACGGCUCGAGGACGCGCCUGUCCCCCGACGGCUCCGUCCCCACUUGCACCCUCUGCGGGAAGACUUUUUCUUGCAUGUACACCCUAAAGAGGCACGAGAGGACACACUCGGGGGAGAAGCCUUACACCUGUGGCCAGUGUGGGAAGAGCUUCCAGUACUCCCACAACCUGAGCCGCCACGCGGUGGUGCACACCAGGGAGAAGCCCCACGGGUGCAAGUGGUGCGAGAGACGCUUCACGCAGUCGGGGGAUUUGUACAGGCACAUCCGCAAAUUUCAUUGUGGCCUUGUCAAGUCCUUGGUCGUUUGA